AGUCGCCCCCACCCCACCACCCCCACCCACCCCGGACCUGGUUUACGGCUCCGGGCUCAGGCUCCAGUGCGGCUGCUGAUUGGCUGCUGAAGGCUUGGUCCCAUCCCAGUGACCCCAAAGUGCUGGAGGGAGGGGGCGGGGGUGGCCCGGUGCAAAGUGCAUCCCGAAAGCCCCCUGCCCGGAGCCCCUGCUGCUGGCACUUCGGACUUGUAUGAACCGGGGUCUCGCUGCCCUGAGACCUCCCGUGUUCCCCAGUAACCGGGAGCCUUCGGCCCGGAGCGCGGCAGCCCCUUGCUCCGAGACCUCAGACCGGGACUGCCCCCCCACCCGAGCCGGGACUUCCUCCCUGCACCCCUGCCCUGAGGCUGCCCAGCGGCUAGGACCUCCGUCCCGCGUCUGCUCGGCUGUCUGGGUGCUCGCCGGGCUGGGGCCGUGAGGCACCGAGGAGGAUCAGGAACACCCGUGUCCGGCCCUGCUGGGGUGUUUGUUCAAUGGAGAAGUUGGUGAGUGUGGAGAAGGCUGAAAGGAGGAAGAGAAGCAGCAGCUGAGGAGACAGGUUUGCGCUGGCUAGAGGAGAGGAGAGAGCAGGAAGGGGCUGCCCAGCCCCCGGAGGAGCAGCGGAGAGCCUCUGACCAGCAUCCUCUGUCAAGGGUGAGAAACUCAUUCAUGCCGCAGUCUGGACACAUUCUGAGCACCUUCCCCAUGAUGCUGUAUGUGCACAAUGGUUAUUAGGCAAUCUACGUAUCAAGAGAAAGAACAUUUUUCCGUGAGGCUGAUUCCUGUGACCUAAUGAACCCUUUGUAAAAAGGGGACUCAGCGAGGAUGUUACACCACCAUUGUCGAAGGAACCCUGAACUCCAGGAAGAACUGCAGAUUCAGGCUGCAGUGGCUGCCGGAGAUGUUCACACAGUACGAAAGAUGUUAGAGCAAGGCUAUUCUCCGAAUGGCCGAGAUGCUAAUGGCUGGACUUUACUUCAUUUCUCUGCAGCAAGAGGAAAAGAACGAUGUGUUCGAGUCUUUCUAGAACAUGGAGCUGAUCCCACAGUGAAGGACUUAAUCGGAGGCUUCACUGCUCUUCAUUACGCAGCCAUGCAUGGCCGGGCCCGGAUUGCACGCCUGAUGUUAGAAUCUGACUACAGGAGCGACAUUAUUAAUGCAAAAAGCAAUGAUGGCUGGACACCCCUCCAUGUGGCUGCUCACUAUGGUAGGGACUCAUUUGUGCGACUCCUCCUGGAGUUCAAGGCGGAGGUUGACCCGCUCAGUGAUAAAGGUACGACGCCACUUCAGCUCGCCAUUAUCCGCGAGAGGUCAAGCUGUGUGAAAAUCCUCCUGGACCACAACGCCAACAUCGACAUUCAGAACGGUUUCCUGCUGCGAUAUGCUGUGAUCAAAAGCAAUCACUCUUACUGCCGAAUGUUCCUUCAGAGAGGAGCAGACACAAACUUGGGUCGCUUAGAAGAUGGACAGACUCCUUUACAUUUGUCUGCCCUUAGGGAUGAUGUGCUUUGUGCACGGAUGUUAUAUAAUUAUGGAGCGGACACGAACACAAGGAACUAUGAAGGACAGACCCCACUGGCUGUUUCAAUAAGUAUUUCUGGAAGUAGUCGACCAUGUUUGGAUUUCUUACAAGAAGUCACAAGACAGCCCAGAAACUUGCAGGACCUGUGCCGAAUUAAAAUUCGACAAUGUAUAGGCCUCCAAAAUCUAAAGCUACUUGAUGAACUACCAAUUGCCAAGGUCAUGAAAGACUACUUAAAACACAAAUUUGAUGAUAUCUGAUAUACACAGAACUGUGGGCGAGGUUAGGAGUUAUAUUCCAUAUACUUAAAAGGCUGUUGGCCUUGCACAAAGUAUAUCCUAUGCAAUUUCUGAUUUGCUGUGAAGUCAGAAAGCAGGUAUACACUUUUAGGUUUUGUUUUGUUUGGUUGGUUUUCAUUGUAGGGGAGGGAUUUUUAUAUAUAUAUAUAUAUAUAUAUAUAAACACACACACCACAUGCUUGAAGGUCUUAAUUGGUUCCUUGGUCCAAGUUCAAGAGGUCCAAGCUUUCUAUACAAUAUUGCAUUUACAAGAAUCGUUUUUCCAAAAUGACACAAGCAAGUUUUGAGUGGAGAAUUUACCCUUUCCAAAUUUAUGGGUUCAUUGGCGUGCACGAUUUUGUAAACCAGCAGAGCACUUGUUAAAGUUCGGAGGCACAGUUUGACCUGGGGAGGUCCUGGGUUCUACUGGAAAAUGCCCUAAGAAAUUUUUUAAGUGAUGCUGUCACCUCAUUCAUUUUUAAUGAGUACAAAUUGGCUGUUUCAAACUGUUCUUUUCCUAAUGAAUGUAGCUUUCAGAUGACAUAAAUCCAGUUCUUCUGCUUUCCUGUUGGUGUGCUCUUGUUUUUAACUUAUUUUUUUAAACAACAGUAGUACACUACCCAGAGACAUUGGGUCUCAACUUCUUAGUUGACUUGUGUUUUUAAAAAAAUUAAUGGGAAAGAAAAUAACUUUAUAAAGCCAGUGUAUUCUGUUUUUGAAGCAGUGCCUCCAGUGCAAUACUCCUUCUGGUGUAUUUUAUCCAUUAUUUCACUUGAUGUUCCUCAUUCCGCAGCCGGCUUUGACAUGCCCGUGAGAACAGGAACUGCCACUUUAAUUUUAAUUGCAGAACCAUAGUAUGUCAGUUGCAAUUUCCUUUUUAAGCCUUGUCUUUUACUUCACUUUAAGUAGAAAACUUCAUGUCCUGGUGGUAGAGUAUUCUCUAAAAAUAGCCCAAAAUAUUGUUAAACCAUUGGCUGUAAUGCUUAAAUGAGAAUUCAGGGUGGUUUCAUGGUGUUUUUUUGCUUUUUGUUUUCCUUCCUGGUUAAAAAAUUUCUAAAGGGUACAGUUUCUAAUGGGUGCAUAUUUGUAAGACGGGUUAAUUCCUAAUAUGCUAAUUAAACUUUUCCUAUCUGUUUUAAGGUUCUACACAGUAAAGCUCUUUAGGACAGUUAUUUGAUUUUCUGGGUUGAUUGGGCCUAUGUUUGCGGUAUGAACAUGGAUAUGAUAAAGGGUCACAACAGUGCAAAAGCUUCCAGAGGCAUUGGGGCUCUGUGAUGGUGCUCUUGAAGAUCUGUUCUGUGCGUGAUUUGUCAUCCUACUAGUUUCAGAAAAACCUUUUCAAAUAUCCCAGUAUUGUUCUUAGUGCUUUGGGAGAUUUCCAAAUAUUCACACACUAGUAAUAAAUUUGUUGUCAGAAGUUUACAAAAUGAGGGGCUUCUCUUGGCCUGAAUAUCUACUUUCAAGUUGUUAAGGAUAAAACGGUUUCGCCUGAGAAGUAUAGCUCAGCCGCUUUAGGAGGCUUACUGUGGCUUUGCCAUUUUUCCAGAGCCAGCGGUGAUGCCUUCUCAAGCACAAAGUCUGUGGCCGCUGUGGGUGCAGAGCAGCUGUGGCAUCAGAGUGUCUGAUCUGCUUGCACCAGGGCAGUAUACAGGCUUCUGAAGAACAGGCAGCUUUGGGACGCAUCUGCUUGGCGGGACCCCUAAUAGGGUUUGUAGACUCUUUUGCAGGGAACCAGUGAGAAUGUAGCCAGGUCUGUAACCAUCCCCAGUCUGUAACUGGAGCCUGAUGAGUAGAAAUGGGUGUUCUGGAUAGGGGCUGAGCUGUUCUCAUUCUUUAAACCAAUACCCAGGUCAGAGUUAAGACAUGCUAGUAGCACCAGGGACAUGGCAUGGCCAGAAAUAAAUUGUGUUACUCUCCCUAAAACCCCAGGCCCAGGGGGACAAGGAGUUGGAGGGUGCCCAGGGUCCUGCACACUGAACGUGAUAGUAACGUCAAGUUCACACGGCUUAUUUCCUCAUGUAUGUGUAUGUAUUUAUCCAGGUAAUUUAAAAUGAUUUUUUUUUACCUACCAUUCAGAGAUUUCCAAGCUAAGCUAACCACUGGAUUUGAGUCAGGGAAUUCCCAGUAGAAAGAUCAGAUUAAGGUAAAUUCUUUGUUCUGUAUUGCUGCUGCAACUUCAGAAAAAAAUUAUGAGAGCUCUUCCUGGAAUUGAAAUUUCUAUUUAAUGAAGAAGUGUAGAAUUCCAUUAUUUAUUGUUUGAGGUUUGAUUUAUCGGGAAGCUUAAAAAGAAUGUUUUAUUUUUUGCUGUUAAUAAAAUCCCAUCACAUAACAUUUAACAAAGACUAAAACGUCUCAAAGUGAUUCGUGGACUGCAUAGAUGAAUGUGCAGAUCCACAAUUGAAUUUGAUUGGUAGAGAAGCAUUCUGCAGUCCAUAACAAGCAUUUCAGAAACCAGCUGAUUGGUUUUUCUAGAAUCUUGACUGAAGUGUUCAGGCUAGUAUCAAAUUUGUCACUGAUCCCUCUAUGUUUCUUUUGAAAUGUAUCAUUUAAAGCCUAUUACUAAACCUUUAUAAAAAUACAUUUGACAAGUACACCAAAGAAACUGGCUCAUAAAAGAUUAUGAUCACUAAUGAACUGCAAACCUCAUCUUUUGAAAACAGAAGCUUUUUGUGUGUGCGUGUAAAUAUUUGUGUUUAUAAAUGUACAGCAGAGUAAGAGUGUUUUUUAGAUUAUUUAAUUCUCAUCUUUCUACACAAUUUCCUACAGAAUAAUCCGUGCUUGUUAGUUUGGAGGACUUGACUGUUUUGUUUUUUUUAAUUCAUUAUCAGUCAUGCUUGGAAACAGCAUUUCCGCUAGAGAAUUCAGUGUUCUGGCUGUAGCAGGAGAACACAUCUGGAGCACAGGGGAGCCUAGAGUGAUUUGUCAGACGCACACCCUGAGAGACAAGAAUGUGUAGUUUGAGUACCAGAAUGGACCAUACAAAAACUGAGCUUCUGACUUCCCUGCAGAAUUGCUCAUUAGCCCAGAAUGUGAUUGGGAUGAGGCCCUUUGCCCACAAAAUUUAGCUUUCAUGUAACAACUAGUGUGUUAUAUCAUAAUGUAUUUUGUUCUUGCUUUGUAAUGUAAGUUUUGCUUUGGGUCAAUUUGAAUUAAAAAAAACACUUAAAUCUGGUUUAAAACAUA